AUGCAAGCUAUUUCACAUUUAGUUGAUUGUAAACGCAUUUUCUCAACGCCAUAUCAUCCACAAACAAAUGGACAAACUGAAAGAUGGAGCUCAACAUUCGUAGAACAAAUCUUCAAAUAUUGUAAUACUGAUCAAAACAAUUGGGACACAUUUUUACCAUCUAUUGUUUAUGCUUACAAUAAUGGUAUACACAGCUCUACUGGACUUAGCACUUAUGAACUAGCAUUCGGACGACGACCACGGCAUCCAUUCAAACCUCCUGCAUCUACCUUCGUUUUUACUAAACCACAGGAUUAUUGGACGCAGGUGAUACAAUAUAGAAAUGCAGCUUUAAAACAAGCAAAAGAAAAUAUUAUGCAUAAACAAGCACUAUCGAAAAUUCGUUUUCACAAAAACCGAUCACAUCCGAAUUUCAUUCCAGGGGAUCUUGUAUGGAUGAAAAUUUUUGUUGGACGACACAAACUUAAAACUCGAUACACUGGUCCUGCUUGA